AUGUGUGGCUUUUCUCUGUACCCCGAAGUACUGCACAGUCUUGUUAGUGGAGACAGAAAGCCCUCUGGAGGCUCCUCUGUGGAAGAGAACUAUUUUGUGAACUACACCUUCACCGACCGCUCCCACUCCGGCCGCGUGGCCCAGGGCAUCAUGAAGCUGUGCUUGGAGGAUGAGCUCUUUGCUGAUGUCACGAUAUCCGUGGAAGGCAAGGAGUUCCAGCUGCACCGCCUGGUGCUUUCGGCCCAGAGCUGCUUUUUCCGCUCCAUGUUCACGUCCAACCUGAAGGAGGCUCACAAUCGCGUGAUUGAGCUGCAGGACGUCAGCGAGAGCGUCUUUCAGCUCCUGGUGGACUACAUCUACCAUGGCACUGUGAAGCUGAGGGCAGAGGAGCUGCAGGAGACCUAUGAGGUGGCAGACAUGUACCAGCUGACUGCCCUUUUUGAAGAGUGCUCACGUUUCCUGGCCCGCACAGUGCAGGUUAGGAACUGUCUGCAGGUCAUGUGGUUGGCAGACCAGCACAGUGACAUGGAGCUCUACACAGCUGCCAAACACUGUGCCAAGUCACAUUUGUCUCAGCUGCAAGACACAGAGGAGUUCCUACACCUGCCCGUGCGCCUGCUGACAGACAUCCUCACAGAUGGCGUUCCCUGCUCCCAGAACCCAACAACUGCCAUAGAAACCUGGAUCAACUUCAACAAGGAGGAGCGCGUCUGCUUCUCAGAGACGCUGCGGUCGAGUCUGAAGGUGAUCGGAGAAAACGUUCACAUCUACCUGAUCGGGAAGGAGUCAUCGCGGACACAUUCACUUGCUGUGUCUCUGCACUGUGCUGACGAUGACUCCGUCAGUGUGAGUGGCCAGAACAGCUUGUGUCACCAGAUCACUGCAGCCUGCAAGCACGGCAGUGACCUGUAUGUUGUGGGCGGCUCCAUUCCGCGGCGCAUGUGGAAGUGCAACAACGCGACCAUAGACUGGGAGUGGUGUGCCCCUCUGCCCCGUGACCGGCUCCAGCACACCCUUGUCUCCGUGCCGAGCAAGGACGCAAUAUACUCUCUGGGGGGCAAAACCCUACAGGACACUCUCUCGAACGCUGUCAUAUAUUACAGAGUACGAGACAACGUCUGGACAGAGACCAGCCAGCUGGAAGUGGCAGUCUCUGGAGCUGCAGGUGUGAACCUGAACAGUGUCAUUUACCUGCUGGGCGGGGAGGAAAAUGACUUGGACUUCUUCACCAAGCCCUCUCGGCUCAUUCAGUGCUACGACACCAGCACGGAGAAGUGCCACGUGAAGCCGUACGUGCUGCCGUUCGCGGGGCGCAUGCACGCCGCGGUGCACAAAGACGUGGUGUUCAUUGUGGCCGAGGGGAACUCGCUGCUCUGCUACAACCCCCUCCUGGACAGCUUCACACGGCUGUGCCUCCCCGAGGCCUGGAGCUCAGUACCCUCCCUCUGGAAAAUCGCCAGCUGCAAUGGCAGCAUCUAUGUCUUUUGUGACCGCUACAAAAAGGGCGAUGCAAAUACUUUUAAACUCAACCCAGCCACCUCUGUUGUAACAGUCACGAGUGGCAUCAAAGUGCUCCUCACUAACCUGCAGUUUGUCCUGGCCUAAGCAGAAACAACAGGCCCAGUGACAGAAAGGGCAGCAACACUUGUGCUGUGCAGCUUGGAGACACCUACCACCCUCAGCACCAAUCCCAAUGGCUACAAGCUCACAAGAGCCAGAGAAAGGACAGCC